UUUGAUAUUUCAUGUCACUAUUGCCCUGUUCUUUCUUUUUUGCCAUUUCUAAUGUCCACUUGAUUAAAAAGCCAGCAUUUUCAUGGUAAAUUUAGAGCAAGUAAGGGCUCAACGAGUACAACAGAAUCACAAACUCAAAACCAACAUGUACAAAAGUCUCUAAAACCCCAGGAAACAAAUCUGAUUAAACCCAAAAAAACUUUUGUAAUUUUUUUUUUCUCAAAAGGGGUUUCAGAGUCCUUCCAAAUUAGCAAAACUGAAUCCAAGUCCGUUUAUUUUUCCUCUUGUCAGAUUGUUUUCAACAAGUAUUUUAAUUUUUGUUGAUUAGUGCACCGUAAACUUGACCAUCAAAAAAAGUGAUUCAUAACGCUUCAUCAACCCCACCUUUUUUUGCAUGCAUGUCUUUUCAAAUUUUCAACCAUCCAUUUGUCACUUCCAUUAUUUUUGUUCUCAUCCUCCGAUUUUCGCUAUAAAUUCCCAGUUCAGUUCUUCAUCUCUUCACACACACACACACAAAAAGCUCUCAAAAUAUAAUAUUGCAUUGGCCUACUCUGUUUUCCUCUGUUUUGCUCUGUUUUUGCUCUGUUUUCAAUAUGGUUAAAAUCCCCGGUUUUUUCUCUUUGAAACACUUGCUUGUUCUCUCUCUUGCCCUGAAUGUGAGUUUGGUUUUGAGGGUUCUCUUUGAGAGUGAAAAUCAGGGCCUUCAUUACUAUGGCUUGGCUCUGCAGAAGAAGUUUAGAGGAACUUCAAUGGAGGAAAGUGGCUCUGUUCAGAAAGUGGCGCACGUUAGCAAGAGGGCAGUUUUGUCAACACCCUUUUCUUCUUCUUCAUCUUCCAUUGGUAGUCUUUCAGAGGUUGAAGAUGGCGGGGAAAAGAUUAUCAAUCUCGACCAUGGUGAUCCAACAAUGUACGAAAGCUAUUGGCAAAAAAUGGGAGAAAAGACCACAAUUGUGAUCCCGGGAUGGCAAUCAAUGAGCUAUUUUUCUGACAUAAAAUGCGUUUGUUGGUUUUUGGAGCCUGAGUUUGCCAAGCAAGUUGUGAGGCUUCACAAAGUGGUGGGAAAUGCUGCAACUGAAGGUCGUCACAUUGUUGUUGGCACAGGCUCUUCUCAGCUCUAUUUGGCGGCUCUCUUUGCUCUAUCUCCUCAAGAAGCAAUCGAGCCCAUGAGUGUCAUAUCAGCAGCUCCUUACUAUUCGUCCUACCCAUCAAUGACUGACUACCAAAAGUCAGGUCUUCACAAGUGGGCAGGCGAUGCCAGGAGCUUCAACAAACUGGGGCCUUACAUUGAGCUGAUCACCUCCCCCAACAACCCCGACGGGUUUACGAGACACUCGGUUAUCAACCAAACUGGGGGAGCUCUGAUCCAUGAUUUGGCAUACUACUGGCCCCAGUACACACCUAUCUCCUCCCCGGCUGACAACAACCUCACGCUGUUCACCGUCUCCAAAAGUACGGGCCACGCCGGGAUGCGCAUUGGGUGGGCUUUGGUCAAAGACCUCGAAAUUGCGAGGAGGAUGACCAAAUUCAUCGAGCUCAACACCAUCGGCGUGUCCAAAGACUCGCAGCUCCGAGCUGCCAAGGUGCUUGAAGCAGUGACAGACAGCUGCGAGCAGGCUGGCAGCUCGAAGAAUAGCGAGUCUUUCUUCGAGGCUAGCUACCGCCUCAUGGCAGAGAGGUGGCAGCAGCUUCGCGGGGUGGUGAACAGCAGUGGGAGGUUCAGCUUGCCGGAGUUUUCUCCUGCAUUCUGCCAAUUCCACGGGCAGGACUUGCAGCCUCAUCCUGCUUUCGCGUGGCUAAAAUGCCUGAAGGGCGUGGAAGACUGUGAAAGCUUCUUGAGAGGCCACAAGAUCCUAACGCGAGGAGGGAAGCACUUUGGGGCAAGCCCGCAGUACGUCCGAGUGAGCAUGCUGGAUCGAGAUGAGAACUUCAGGUUGUUCCUGAAGAGAUUGUCGACGAUCCGCUGAGCUCACAAUGCGGAAAAAGGGUCGACCCCUUCCUCCUCGUGGUGCCGAUGGAUGCGCAGGAGAAAACUGCUGAAGCCGCGGCCGCGGGGGGAGAUAGCCUGUAGAAAAAAGAGAGCAAAUACAAUGUUGUUAAUUAUCAUAUUAUUGUAACAUUAUCUCUAGUAGUGAAAUUUUGCAGCUCACCAAAUUCAACUUCUCUUUUCUGUCUAGAACUCUGGUUUCUCCCUUUGUGUGUGUGUGAAUA